UGACUCGGACAUAAGCAUUGCUGCUGUUUAUUUAAGUUGAAAAAUAUUUAUUUUAAUAUUCACUGUUAUUAUGUAUUUCACGUGUUUUUUUUCAUUGGUUUGUUUUUUCUAUUUCAUUAAUUAAAUGGAUUUAAGCUUAAUGAUUGUAUGGCGAUCAAAACAUAAAUCGUGUUUUAAAUAGAUACAUACAAAUCACUCGUAACUUUUUUAAACUUGUCAGCAAAGUGUAAUUUUAUUACUUAAGUAAAUACACUGUUGUCUUGAAAUAAAAAACCGUGAAAUAUUUUAACAUAUCAACAUUACGAAUACAUUGAGUUUCAAAACCAACUCACGUAAUUUUAGUCUCCCUAAUGUUGUUAAAUCCAAGGAAAUUGGAGUUUUACUAUUUUACAGAAUGGAAUAAAGCUAAUAAGUUUCUUCGUGGCAAAAUUUAAUAUUAAAAAUGUGAAAUUAGCAAAAGCUAUUUUCUCAAAUAAAGAAGUAAUAAUACAAUGAACUUUAUCAACACUUAUAUUUAACAUGAAUACUAAUCGGAAAUUGGUUUGACAAGACUUAAGAAUCGGCUUCGACUUGUCAGAAACAUGACAAAUAUCAGUGUGAACAUUUCACUUUCGGUGGAUGAUUUCGACUAUACUUAUGCGGACAGGCCGGAAACUUAUAUUGUGCCAAUGCUGUUCGCUCUUAUAUUUGUCAUUGGGACCAUUGGCAAUGGUACGCUAGUUUUAAUAAUCGCGAGGCAUAAGCAUAUGCGAAACGUUCCAAACACUUAUAUACUCAGUUUAGCUCUUGGCGAUUUAUUGGUGAUUGCUACUGUUGUACCGUUCACUUCUACUGUGUACACGGUUCCAUCGUGGCCAUAUGGUCUGAUUGUGUGCAAGUUGUCAGAAGCCAUCAAAGAUAUAUCGAUUGGUGUUUCGGUAUUUACGCUUACAGCGUUAAGUGCAGAUCGCUACUUUGCUAUAGUGAACCCUAUGCGAAAACUACAUGCUUCACUGGGCGGUAGAUUCGCUACAAGAUUUACUGUUACCGUAACUAUGACUAUUUGGACAUUAGCCAUAGCGUGUGCAACACCAGACGCCGUGUUUUCGUACAUUAGACAAUUCAGAUUGCACAACGUUGUAUUAUUCGAGGUGUGCUAUCCGUAUCCCGAAGAAAUGGGACCUGCAUACCCGCGAGUCAUGGUGCUCGUUAAAUUCCUAGUUUAUUACGCUGUUCCAUUGACUAUCAUUGCAUGUUUCUACAUUAUGAUCGCCCGUCAUUUGAUGCAUACUGCAAAGAACAUGCCAGGGGAAUUCCAAGAUAUGCACAGCAAAAAUGAUGGGAGUCUCAUGCCGGAAAAGGAUGUAAGUCAAGACUAUGAGUUACUGGCUUCCGCUCAAAAUGGUUCCCAUAUUUCCGUUGUCUUUCGCAGGGCUUGGGACACCUGUGAUACAUACGAUGACGUCUACAUUGGGAAUGACACAUUGCGCAUGUUUUGGACACUAAGCGAUCGUGAUCCAAUUGAUAGACAAUACACUGAUGCUUUAAAGUUGGGAGAUUCGUGGAGAGGUGCACAAAGUUUUCAUCCUAAAGGACCUAAAUAUAGACCAAAAACAGAUUUCUACAAACGUUGGGAUGUCACUAUGGAUAAUGUACAUCUGAAGGAUAAUAUUGACACUAUUUACUGGUGUAAGAUUUUUAGAGCACCAAAAGUUACCCAAAAAAAUCAUAUCGUAGGGUUUGUGCCAAUAUUAAACCCUGAUACACAUCGUCUUAUCCAUCAUAUGAUAUUGUAUGAGUGCGAUAAUGGGCCAAAUACGAUGGAGAGAUUUGUGACAUUAAAAGGAUCUCAAUGUUAUGGCGAUACUAUGCCUGAAGAAUGGAACAAAUGUAUUACUCCAGUAGUAACAUGGGCGAUGGGUUCAGAUGGUCAUUUCUUACCUAACCAUGUUGGCAUUCCUAUUAGUGGAAGAGAUUCAUACUACAUGUUAGAAAUACACUAUGAUAAUCCUACACUGAGAAAAGGUACCAAAAGUGAUGUUGAAGUUAUGGACAACUCUGGCGUUAGAGUGUAUUACACAGAUCAUCUACGAACAAAUGACGGAGGUAUUAUGGCUGUGGGUAUGGCUGUAUCACCUAUGCACAUCAUACCUCCAAGACAAGCUAAUUACAAAACAACUAGUUUAUGCGAUAAGGAUUGUACCAACGUUAUUUUUCCCGAAAGAGGUAUUAAAAUUACUUCAGUUUUAUUACACGCCCAUCAAGCAUCCAAAAAGCUUAAACUUCGCCACAUAAGACAUGAUCAAGAGUUGACUACUAUAGCAAAAGAUGACUAUUACGACUACAGUUAUCAACAAGCAAGAGAACUAGUUAAUGAAAUUACCAUUUAUCCCGGAGACGAACUCAUAACCGAGUGUGUGUAUAACACCGAAGAUAGACCGCAACUUACUCAUGGUGGUUAUUCAACUAAACAAGAAAUGUGUUUGGCUUUUGUCACAUAUUAUCCUCGGACCCCUUUAGCAAGUUGUUUUAGCAUGACACCAGUACCAUUCUUCUUUGAAACAUUUGGUAUUCAACAGUUUUUAGAUUAUAAUAUGGAAGGAGUUGAAAAAAUUUUCUUAAAAUUAGCCGAUAGCACGACUAAGAAGCCUCCAACUAAAACGACUACUCCAUUAGUAGCGCCAGUGUUCGAUAGCACAAAAACUCUGGAAGAAUUAAAUCAAGAACACAUUUUGUUCUUGAUGAAGCAGCCUUCGUUUACUAUUGAAGAAAAUAACGAGCCUAAUCUAUUUCGAGAUCUUGAAAUUAUGGAGCCUGUUGAAUUUCAAAACAAAACGUUUCAACAGCAUUUAGAUAAUUUACCAUGGGAGGAUAGUCUAUUGACCAAAAAUAUAGAAAAACGUUUGAUCACCGGCAAACAUAUGACCUUUUGUCGACUACAAAAUGACACUUUAGCUUUGAUGAUGAAUACCUAUACGUAUCCUAAUUUCACGGCUUACAACGAAUCAAAUAUUACAGACAGUUCAUGUGUACCACUAUCAAAUAAAUAUCAAAAUGUCUCAUCAAUACAAUAUAGUUCCUAUGUAGUAAUUUUAUUAUGUAUCACACUGAUUCACACUCUAAAAAUUUAUAUGUAUUAAAUAAAUUCACUAAGUAGUAUGUAUGAUUAAGUCAAUUUUACCAAAGUCAUUUUUUUUAUAUUUGUACAUAAUUUUAUAUACUGUAAAAAUUUUGUAAUGAAACUAUUUUGUAUCGUUUUUUUUAUUAAAGAAUGUAUUGUAGCUUAAUACAAAUAUUUAUGUAUCAUAAAGAUACCUACACAAAUAAUACAUUUACUAGGAAAGGGUUUACUGAGCCCAAACUCCUUCCACUAAUAUUCUCAUUGUAGUUGGACAAUGAUUA